AUGAAAAAAGAUCGUCAAUCUUUACUUUCAAAUGAACCUUUCAAAAUAGGGGAUAUUCCAUAUAAAGCCUAUUUAGUAUUGAAGCAACCUCAAUUAGAUGAACCAGAAAAGGCCUAACUUGUUCAUUAGCUUAACGAACAUACUGUCUAAGUUAAGGAUUAAUAGUACUAAUUUAGUGGAGUCUUUGCAAACAAGAACUCUAAUGAAGACAUUUACAAGGCAGUUUUUAGGGAUUUGAUUUCACAUUUUUUGGCUGGAGAAUCUCAUAUGAUUUAGAUAUUAGGUGAACGACAUUCAGGUAAAGCUACUCUAGGUAUUGGAAAUAUGAGAAAUCCAGGACUUGUACUUCUUAUUAUGUAGGAGAUCUUUAAUUUUAUUGAAGAGAAAUUUUUGGAGAAUAACAUUACAAUAAAAAUGAGUGCAUUUGAGUAUGAUGAAACUGGUUUUAAGGAUUUAUUAGUAUUGGAUUCAUAACCCUUUAUGCCAGUAUUUUAGAAUGGUUAGAAUUAAUUACUUGGGAUUCCAGAAGUAAUUAUCGAUAAUUAUCUUUUGGGAAUGAAAAUAUUAAGAAUUGCUAUGGUAAAUCUCAUUCAUAAAGAAUAAAAUAUACUUAGUCAAAAAUUUGUAGAUAGACAUAAACGAACUAAUUUAAUUAUUGAGUUAAAGGCUGAGAUAAGUCCAAAUGAUGAUAUUAAAGAAUAGGUGAUAAUUUCUAAACUCAAGAUAGUUAAAUUUAGUGGUACUUUUGAAUUUGGAUAAAUAUAUAAGACAAUGGCUGAUUUAACUACAAAAAGAAGAAAACAUGUAGAUGUACCAUUUAAAAGUGUAGAAUUAUUAGAUUACUUUAGAGAUUAUUUAUUAAAUUAAAAAUAGACAAUUUUUGUAUGUAUUAAUAGUGAUAGUGUGGAGAGUGUUAAAUUAGGAUCACUUAUUGGAUAGAUAAUGAAUAAAUCUCAAUUCUUGACAUUUUCUAUUUAUUAAUAAAAUGCAUAAUUAAAAGAUAUUAUGAGUAAUUAAUAUGAAUCAUUAAAUUUGUUUCAUAAAGAAUUUUAUCAAUACAAUGAGAGUAAGAAGGAAAGAGGUAAAAUUAUCUUUAGUAUUUUGAUUGGAAUGGCAAAUCUAUAUAAAACAAUGUUAAAGUUAUUUGAUUAAGCAAGUGAAAUAAAGUAUAAAUUGAAUUGUUUAUAUUCAUAAGUUAUAAGUUUUCAUUGUUCAAAAUAUAAUAACAUAAUUAAUACAGAAGAUUGUAAAGAAUUUUAUUUGGCCAAAAUUCAAUUAUAUGCUAUAGAAUAAGUUUAAACAGUUGAAUAAACUUGUUAAACAUUAGCAAUUGAAUUAUUAAAUGAUUUAUUUUUGAAAAAUCAACAAUUGAUUAAAUUAAGAAAAGAAAUGAUAUAGUUUGGUAAACAAUUUAAUAAAUAUUAAUAAUUAUCUUAAUAUGAUUUACAAAGACUCAAUAAUACACAUUAAUUGGUGACUAAAUUAUUAAUCAUAUUCGAAUAAAGAUUAGGUUAUAAUAUUUUAAAUUAAAUUGAUUUAAAAUAUUAUCAAAUGUUUGAUAAUGUAUUUGAUAUAGCAUCACUCUAUAAAGAAGAUGUAUAGAUAUAAAAUUAGGAUACUUAAAACUAAACUCAAACUUAGAAUAUUAAAAAGUAAACCUAAUUGAAUACUACAAAAUUCUUUAAGCCAACUUUACCUAGUAAAAAAGAACCUCCUUAGAGAUAAAGAUUUACUGAUGUAGUAUAAUAAUUAUUUCAUGAUGAAAAUACAAAAGAAUAUUAUUCAGCUAAAUCAGUAUUUGGAUUAACAAAAAUAAAUGAUCAACCUUAGAUGAGAUAGACAGUAAAAUCAGAACUAUUUGAUAAAUUAUAAUCUCGUCAAACUAAUAAUAUUAAAGCCAUAGUGUUAGAAGAGUAAAAAUAUAGGUAUAUUUAAAUAAUAAAAUUUUUAGAUUCUUUAGAUCAACAGGAGUUGGAUUCUUAAAGAAUUCAUAUAGAAGUGGAAGUUUGAGAGCUCAUUCAUAAAUGUUACCUAGAAUUGUUUAAUUUGAGAGUGUUGAUCAUACUAAUUAAAAUUAAUAAAUUUGA